AUGGAGGCACAUGCGCAGAAAAUUGCGAUGACAUUAGGAAACAAUACAACUGCACAUGUCCACAGCAUUACCAGGGAAAGAGAUGUGAGAUAUUCCAUCCAAGAGUCAAUUCAUGCCUAUCUUAUUAAAGCUGAAACCAGAGUCUAAGUCAGGCGUGUAUAAGCUUAAUGAUACGGCUCAGAGUUAUUGUGAUUUUGACUCGAAACCCAGAAAAGUCUGGACUCUCAUCGAGUCAUUCUCUUUAGGAAAUAAGGAUUUUUACAACCAAAAGCCUUUAUAUUACAACUUUCCCAGAAACGAGACAAGAUUCAACUGGAAUGAUUAUCGAGUAUCCUACCAAGCAAUGGUCAACAUCCGACACAACUCGACGCACUGGCGAGUGACGUGCAAUUUCCCGUCAGGCCUUAAUUUCACCGACUACGCACGCGCUACUCUCCAAGACACGGACAUCCUGACAUUUGUCAAUCAAGACAGCUGUCAGAGGUACGAGUACAUCUCAGUUCGAGGAAGAAGUUGCACUAAUUGUUCGGGGAUGCUUGUGCAGCGAGAUACCCAACAUAUGCAUACUGAUUCGUACUGGAGCGGAAAAAACGGUUGCUCUUGGGAUCCAAGUACAGGUGCCCUGGAGCACGAAGAUAACUUUGGAUUCUAUGACAUUAUCAAUCCUAAACACAAGUGCACUGAAAAUUCUUUUUCCACCACGCAAUGGUGGCUUGGUGCGGAGCUCUAA